ACGAGGGCCCGGCCGCCGCGUGGUCGUCUCGGGUGGACUCCUCGUCGUCUCUCCUGCGAGUUCCACACCAAAUCGAACCGGCCGGAGCGGCGGCACCGAAGCCCUACCAACGCCGGCGGCGAGCGACGGCUGACUACUCGUAGUCUGCCAUGGACGAGCAGGAGUUCCGGCGCAUGCUAGACCUCUUCCCCGUCGUCCGGUCCCGCGACUACUGCAAGCCUGAAUCGGAAUCAUCAAGCAAAGGCACAACACAGCAAGCACGAUCUCUGCAGAUAGAAGGGCCCAAAAAGGAGCCAUCUGCUGCGGAAGAUCUAUUCCUGCGGAAAUUGAAGCUGGCUGCUGAGAAAAAGGUUGGAGCAACAAAGGCGGAAUUGUUCUGCAAGACAUUUGAAGAAGCUCAUGAGAAACUUGUCUACAAAGAACUGAAUCUUGAUGCUGCUCAAAGGUUCCUGGAUGCCUACAAGAGCUGAUGAUGAACCAUCGCCAGAUGCUGCUCAGAAAUCUGCAAGUGCUGUUUUUUUAAAUGUAAACUGCUAACGAUGUCAAUAUUUUUUAUGUUGCAUUUUGUGGCUCCAUUUUCUGUGAAGGCGAGUGAGGAUUAGCUACACUCAGAUGUACGCUGUACGCCUGUACCGUGCCGUCCUUCCAGACAUACAUACAUGAGAAAUCAGAUGCAUUUUUCUGGUAAUUAAUUACAGUUCGCGGGUUUCUCC